GUGGGACCCAGAGAAGGGAGGGCGUGAAACGUUCGGGUCCCGGAGGGGCCGUUGAGUAUCCAAGAUGAAUGACAGCCUAUUUGUCAGUUUGGACAGACUUUUGCUAGAAUUUGUUUUCCAGUAUGAGCAAGAUAUAAGUACUAAAGAAGAUAUGCUUCAACGAAUUAAUAAAUGCUUUGAAGAUAUUAAAGAAAACAAGGCAACUAUUUGUAAGAUACAUGAAACUAUAAAUACAACAGAUGAAGAAAUUGGUCAUUACUGUAAACAUAGUAAGGAGAUCAAAGACAACUGUAGUAACUGGAAGCCAACAUGUGAUGUUUUUCAUAAGCAUGAAGACUAUAUGCAGGACCAAUUUACUAUUUAUCAAGAAACUAUUGAAAAAGACAAAAAAAUGUACCAUGGUUAUAUAUGUCAGUAUAAGGAUGUUUUGAAGCAAUAUCAGUUAAAAUACUCAGAAACACCCCUUUCACAUGAAUAUUAUGAGAAGAAAAGAGAACAUGAAGAAAUUCAAAAUAGAGUGUUGGCAAGUACUGAACAACUAAAAAUGAAUGAAACUAUCUUUAUGGAAUUUCUAGUGCCUGCUCCUUUUCCAUCACUUGCUAAAUGGACAUUACAUAUGGCUAACGUGAGAUGUAAAACACAAGAUAUUCUUAAACAUGCCAGCAAUUAUUCCAAAAGUUCAUCUGAAUUGAAGGAAGAAGUAGAUGAAGUGGAAAUAGAGAUUAAUUAUUUAAACCAGCAGAUUGCAAGACUCCAUGAAACUAAGAAUCUUGCAGAAACUCUGGAAGAAAAAAAUAAAAAUAUAGAAAAGAUAAAGGAAUUGAAAGAAAGACUUUUUGAAAAAGAUGAACAACCUGCACUUAUAUUGAAUAAAACCCCUCAAAACAGUCAAUUAUUUCUUCCAUAUGAAUCUCAGAAAUUAGACAGACUAAUGAAGAUGCAUUCUUCAGAACCAAGAGUUAUAGAUAAAAAAGAAGAAAGUUCCAUGAAGCAGGCAAAGCUUGCCAAUAUUGACUUUAGACAGAAAGAAAACAACAUGCAGGUACUUAAUGACUCUACUCUGAAUAACCAUUCAAAAUGCUCAAAUUCUGUGGCUAUUAAAAAUUCACAAAAUAUGAUGCAUUUCAGAUUGUUAACCCCACAGAGACAAUCAAAUUGCAGUCAGUGGUUUGAAAUAGGAGAUACAGAUGCUGAGUGUGAAGAUAAAGGUACAGUAAGACAAUUGAGAGAAUCAAAAUGUACUUCACAAGUUAUAUGUGCAGAACAUUUUGGGAAACCAAUAGAAAAUAAUAGUGCUGAAGUAGAAGAAAAGGCUGAGAAUUUUCUACAAACUCCUGAAAUUCCUUUAUUUUUAAGAACCCCUGAAGCUGUGAAAACACCUGAACCUUUGGAGAAAUUAUUGUUUCCUAAAACCCCUUCUUUUGAAAUUAACAGAAAUAGAAAUAUAAUGCCUGAAGGUCAAACACAAAAGGAAUCCCCUGGAUUUUCUUUUCUUACAAAUUAUACUUCUAGAUCUCCUGGAUUGAAUUUAUUUGAUUCUACUAUAUUUGAUUCAGAAAUCUCAUCAGAUCAGUUUAAUGAACAUUAUUCUGCAGGAAAUUUAAAUCCUCUCUCAUCACAACAAGAAAUUGGAAACUUAUUUGGGAAACCAGAAGGAGAAGAUGCCUUCACAUUUUCUUUUUCUUCAGACUCUUCAACUCAUACAUUUGGAACUGGAAAAGAUUAUUUUAGUUUUCCAUUUUCAUUUGAACAGGAUCAAAACUCAACACCUUCUUCUGUAAAAGAUUUUUCAUCUUCCUCACAAAAUAAAACACAAUUUACUUUUUUUUGA